UCAGGUGCCAAGGUGUCAUGAAAGGUCUGCUGACAAGAUGCAGAACACUGUCUGCCUUGGCUGCCUGCAGCCUCCAUCACUCCAGAUACAUCAUCCACAAGUAUUACCAUUGUGCGCCGGGGAGAGGGCAGCACUUGGUAUCAUCCCGCAUGUUCCAGCCUCAAAACCUUCGGGAAGACCAGGUGCUUUCUCUGAAGGGCAGAGCUAGCCACCUGACCUGUAAGAGCCAGCGGCUGAUGCUGCAAGUGGGCCUGAUUCUUCCAGCCAGCCCUGGCUGUUACCACCUCAUACCUUAUACAAUUCGUGCCUUGGAGAAGCUUGUGCGGGUGAUAGAUCAGGAGAUGCAGGCCAUCGGCGGGCAGAAAAUCAACAUGCCCAGCCUCAGCCCAGCUGAGCUGUGGCGAGCCACCAGCCGCUGGGCCCUGAUGGGCAGGGAGCUGCUGAGACUGAGAGACAGGCACAGCAAAGAGUACUGCUUGGGAUCGACUCAUGAGGAAGCGGUUACAGCCCUGGUUGCCUCCCAGAAGAAACUUUCCUACAAGCAGCUCCCGUUGUUGUUGUACCAGGUCACAAGGAAGUUUCGGGAUGAGCCCAGGCCCCGGUUUGGUCUUCUCCGUGGUCGGGAAUUCUAUAUGAAGGACAUGUAUACCUUUGAUUCCUCCUCUGAGGCUGCUCAGGAAGCCUACGGCCUGGUGUGUGAUGCUUACUGUAGGCUGUUCGACAGGCUGGGGUUGUGAUGUAUGAAGGCCAGGGCAGAUGUGGGCAGCAUCGGGGGCACGAUGUCCCAUGAAUUCCAGCUACCAGUGGACAUAGGAGAGGACCGCCUUGUGGUCUGUCCCAGCUGCCACUUCUCAGCCAACACAGAGAUACUGGACUUGUCACAAAAAAUCUGCCCUGACUGCCAGGGUCCACUGACAGAAACCAAAGGCAUUGAGGUGGGGCACACAUUCUACCUUGGUACCAAGUACUCUACCAUUUUCAAUGCCCUCUUUACCAAUGCCCACGGGGAAUCUUUGCUGGCUGAAAUGGGGUGCUAAGGGCUGGGAGUCACUGGGAUCCUGGCUGCGGCCAUCGAAGUUCUCUCUAAGGAAGACUGCAUCCGCUGGCCCCACCUCCUUGCCCCUUACCAAGUCUGUGUCAUUCCCCCUAAGAAAGGCAGCAAGGAGACAGCAGCCACAGAGCUUGUGGAGCAGUUAUAUGAUGACGUCAUUGAGGCCGUGCCUCAGCUCCGAGGGGAGGUCCUGCUGGACGACAGGACCCACCUGACCAUUGGAAAGAGACUGAAAGAUGCCAACAAGCUUGGCUACCCCUUUGUGAUCAUUGAGGGCAAGAGGGCCUUGGAGGACCCAGUACACUUUGAAGUUUGGUCUCAGAACACUGGUGAAGUGGUCUUCCUCACCAAAGAGGGAGUCAUGGAACUACUGACUGGCGUGCAUGUUGUCUAG